AGGUCACCUGGCUGCAUCAGAAAGCUAUAGACUACCUGUGUAGACCAUUUCCAUCCUCAAUUUGCGGCUGUUGAGACGGUGGAAGGAACUGUUGUGUUACAUUUUAAAGACUUCGAAGGAUUAAAACGCAGAGGGAUUUUACAAGACUUUUAGCGUGUCGAAUGGCGUGUGCAAGGAUUGUACGAUUGGGAGUUAUCGUUUUUCUUUGUCAGGUAUUGUCGUGUGGAUAUGCGGAGGAGUCGACAUGCACACCUGGGUUUGAGUCGGAGCUAAUCGUUUUUAAAGUGCACAGAGAUCACCUUCACAUGGGAAAAAGACUAGGAAGAGUAACUUUCAAUAACUGCGAUGGAAGAACAAGAACCCUCUUUCAAUCCGUUGACAAGCGGUUUGAUGUGAACACGGAUGGGACUGUAACUCUGAAGAGACAAGUGACUCUUCAUGAAGGCCACAAGGUGUUUUCUGUGCACGCUUGGGACUCCAGUGGCAAGAAGCACACUGUAUCUGUCAAAGUUGAGCGUAUCCACCAACAUAAGGGGCAUCACAUGGAUACCGUCAUGAACAUCUCCUCUCCAGAGAUGGAAUUGCCCUCUGAUCAGGUUCUGACUUUUCUAAAGUCUUCAACGGGUCUGAAGAGAGCAAAGAGAGGUUGGGUUAUUCCGCCAUUCAAUGUACCCGAGAAUAGCAGAGGUCCGUUCCCAAUGAAGCUGGUCCAGAUAAAGUCCGACUAUGCCCUGGAAACUCGAAUGCAAUACAGCAUCACAGGUGAAGGGGCAAAUCAGGACCCAAAGGGAAUUUUCACUGUUGAAAGAUUAUCAGGGAAUCUCUAUGUGACUCAGCCACUCGACAGAGAAAAAAAAGCUUCAUACAGACUUAUAGCUCAUGCUACAGCACUUGAUGUGAUUAAUGUAGCAGAAAAACCAAUGGAAAUUGUCAUCAAUGUGAUCGACCAAAAUGAUAAUAGGCCUGUGUUUACUCAAAAUCCUUUUAAUGGAUAUGUUCAUGAAGCUGCUGGAAAAGAUUAUGAGUUUAUGACGGUCACAGCCACUGAUGCAGAUGACCCAGAUACGAACAACGGUAUAGUCAGCUAUGCAAUUGUCAGCCAAGAGCCACAAUUUCCAAAACCGAACAUGUUUGAUAUCAACAUUUUAUCUGGAACCAUUCGUGUGCGAGAACCAGACAUGGACAGAGAGCAAUGGCCCAGAUAUACUUUGUUAAUUGUGGCUGCUGACACGGAAGGAGAUGGUUUGGCAACCACUGGCACAGCUGUUAUUACAAUUACUGACAGCAAUGAUAACCCACCACAGUUUGAGCAAACUUUGCACACCGUAUCCGUUCCAGAAAAUAAAGUAGGGGCUGUAGUGGCUAAACUUGCAGUUACCGAUGGAGAUGAAGUUGGAUCACCUUCCUGGUCAACCAAGUAUCGUAUUAUUAGUGGUGACAAGGGUGGGUUUUUCAGUGUCAGUACUGGACCCAGCCAGCUGGAGGGCAUCAUCACCACUGUAAAGCCCCUGGACUUUGAGAAGACCAAGCAAUACGUUCUGUCUGUGAUUGUUGAGAACGAUGAUCCUUUUGUUGGUUCUUUGCCCACUUCCACUGCCACAGUCACGGUGAAUGUAGAAGAUGUGAACGAGCCUCCCGAGUUUAAUCCAAAGGAGAAGGUUAUUUUCAAAUCUGAAGAUUCACCAGUUGAUACUGAAUUGGUUGCUUAUACAGCCACUGAUCCAGACACUGGAAAAUCACAGAAGAUAACUUAUAAAAUGGGUGAUGAUGAUGAUGCUGGCUGGUUAAGUGUGUCUCCAGAGACGGGAGUGAUUAAAGUCAGCAACCUUAUGGAUAGAGAAUCUGUUUAUGUCAAAGAUGGCAAAUACAGAGCAAUCAUUUUGGCCGUGGAUGAUGAUGCAACAUCUCCAGCGACUGGCACAGGAACCCUGAUAAUUGAAUUGGAGAAUGUAAAUGACAACGCUCCUAUUAUUAAUGAAAGGAAUAUAGAAAUUUGUAAUCGUGGAUCAGCCCCAGUUCUUCUCUCUAUAACGGACAAAGAUGGACCUCCUUUUGGUGCACCCUUUAGCGUUGAGGCCCAAGGAGAAACCAGUAAAAACUGGUCCACCUCGAUGAAUGACACAUCACCCCCAUAUGACUCCCUCCUGGUGUUUGACUAUGAAGGAGGAGGCUCCGAUGCGAGUUCACUCAGCUCCCUCAACUCUUCCAGCUCAGGACAUGACCAAGACUAUGACUUCCUCAAUGAGUGGGGCCCACGCUUUAAGAAGCUGGCAGACAUGUUUGGAGGAGGAGAGAAUUAA